AUGUCUAUGUGUGACACAGACAGUGGUGGUAGCAUCACCGGACCUAUUUACACCUUUAACUAUAGCACCGUUUUUAAAGACGGUACUAACGGUGUGGACGGAUUGGGUGGGGCGAAAUCUGUGACCGUUAGUCCUGAUGGAAACAAUGUCUAUGUGGGAGGUUGGGAUGAUGAUGCCUUGGCAGUAUUUAACAGAAACACGACAACUGGAGCACUUACCUAUUCCACUAAUUUUAAAGAUGGACAAGAUGGACAAGAUGGAGUGGAUGGAUUGGGUCAUGCAAUCUCUGUCACGGUAAGUCCUGAUGGAAACAAUGUCUAUGUGGCAGGCUAUAAUGAUGAUGCCUUGGCAGUGUUUAACAGAAACACGACAACUGGUGCACUCACCUAUAGCACCGUUUUUAAAGACGGUACUAACGGUGUGGAUGGAUUGAAAGGGGCAUAUUCUGUCACGGUAAGUCCUGAUGGAAACAAUGUGUAUGUGGCAGGUUUUGACGAUGAUGCCUUGGCAGUGUUUAACAGAAACACGACAACUGGUGCACUCACCUAUAGUACCGUUUUUAAAAACGGUACUAACGGUGUGGAUGGAUUGGAUGGUCCAGCCGCUGUCAUGGUUAGUCCAGAUGGGGAAAAUGUCUAUGUGGCAGGCUAUAAUGAUGAUGCCGUGGCAGUGUUUAACAGAAAUACAACAACUGGUGUACUCACUUAUAGCACCGUUUUAAAAGACGGAGUAAAUGGUGUGGACGGAUUGGAUGGUCCAGUCGCUGUCACCGUUAGCCCUGAUGGAAACAAUGUGUAUGUGGUAAGUCUUGUCGAUGAUGCUUUGGCUGUGUUUAACAGAAAUACAACAACUGGUGUACUCACUUAUAGCACCGUUUUAAAAGACGGUACUAACGGUGUGGACGGAUUGGAUGGGGCGAAAUCUGUGACCGUUAGUCCUGAUGGAAACAAUGUCUAUGUGGUGAGUUCUCAGGAUGAUGCCUUGGCAGUGUUUAACAGAAACACGACAACUGGGGCACUCAACUAUAGCACCAUUUUUAAAGACGGUACUAACGGUGUGGACGGAUUGGAUGGGGCAUAUUCUGUCACGGUUAGCCCUGAUGGAAACAAUAUCUAUGUGGUAAGUGAGGAGGAUGAUGCCUUGGCAGUGUUUAAUAGGAGUAGUAGCCAGUGA